AUGGGAGAUUCCGAUGAAUGGACGAAGUAUGUUAACGACCCAAGAACGGUCUGUAAAUAUACUAGUAAAUGUUAUCAGAAGAAUCCGGAACAUCAUAAAAGGUUUAAGCAUCCGCCGCAAAAGAUUGGUAAAGCAAUAAACCGGGCUAAGGGUCGUAUGUCGCCAUACACCAGGCCUUCUCCUCGUCGUUCACCUGCCCGGCAAGAGAAGUAUGAGUCACCGAGUUGUAACAAUGAGGAUGCAGUGGCGAAAUCGGAUGAUGUCGCCAGUGAUAGUAAACCUGAACAACUAGAUGAACAAGAAACUGAAGACCAAACAGUUAUAGAACUCCCUGAAAAAAUAACCUUUUAUGACAAAAGUACUGAUAACAGUCUCCUAAAAGAACUCUUCUUAGUAGAAAUGCCUGAUGACUUCUUCAAAUUUUUUGAUUGUAUUAGUGAAUGUGGUAAAUCAUUUGAAGACACAUUGUCCAGUGUGAACCUGAUGGCAAUUGGUCCAUUUGAACUGUUGAUUGGAAAGUUGCCUAAGUUAGAUAAUAAAGAACUGUAUUUAGUUCAUUGGAGAUUCUUCUAUGAUCCUCCAGAAUUCCAGGCAAUCCUCAAGAACAAGAAGAAAGAUAGCCAGUAUCACAUUGGAUAUUUUCGUGAUGAUCCUAAAGAGGCACCAGUGUUUGUUGCAAGUAAUGAUAGUGAGAAAAACUAUCACAUCACUCCUAUGGCCUACAAUUUAUUUGGAGCUGUUUAUAAAUACUUGCAAAAUGAGAAGAAGCAUUCCCCAUUUACCUCAAUGGCCUGCCAAAAAGUAAUGGACAAAAUUAAAUCGUAUGCAGAAAAGAACAAUAUAUCUUUAGAGGAGUUUGAUAUGAAAAAGAGAUCAGCGAAAGUGGUAACUAAAUCUUUCCAUGGUGCAGGCAUUGUGGUACCUUACAAUAAGAAAACUCAAAUAGGAUACAGACGCUUGGUAGAAACUGAUGCCAAUCUGAAAAAAAUGUUUACAAAGCUAGAAGACGCUAUAAGCAAAACAGAAAAAAUGGGUGUACUCUCAGAGUUACAGCCUGUCAUCACUAAUAUUAGUAUUGCCCUGGAUGAAUCAGAUUUUGGAACUGGUAUUGAGGGUGGCAUAGCCCUGUUUUGCUCUGGUUUACAAGAAUUGGCACAACCUGCUAUGAGUAGCUUGGUUUCUGCAUACUCUGUGCUAAAUAGGAAUUCAUUUGGAGACAUAAUAAAGGCGCAUAUGAAGUACCGGCGUAAAGGAGCCAAUGUUUCGCUGCUCCAGGUGUCUGCCUCAAAAUAA